AUGACUUCGCAACACGCAGACGCAGCUGAUGCGCUCUCGCGCUACGACCUGGAGGCCAUACGAGCGGCCUACAGGAGAGACGGCUAUGUAAUCUUGGAUGGCAUCUUCGAUUUCGAGAAUCGCCUGUCCCUCGAGGAGCUCAGAGUGGCAUGUCAUGCUGCUGUGGAGAGGACGAGGAGAGGCGAGUGGCCUCACCGCAGAGUAGUUGGCAAGUCUUUCCCUCCGUACGAUCCCAUCUCAGACGAUAGCUGGGGCGUACAGCAUCUGCUUCAUCCUGAUCUCAUUGAAAGGGGCGAGGGAAAGAAUGGAGCUGAUAAGUACGACAGCAUCUUUGCGAGGCUCUACGGCAGCUCGCCUUUGCUCGACAUUGCAGCCGCUCUCCUCGACACGCAGCCGGACAAGAUGCAGUUGGAGCUGUUCAAUCUGCGUGAGUGAUCACUGCGACGUUCGCACCUCAUCAGCAUCUAAUCGCUACCUGCAACAUUGGCACCAGUGAUAAAUCCUGCCUGCCACGCCUUCGCAUUGCCCUGGCAUCGGGACGACGUUCGAGCAGAUGUGUCGAGCGAGGAGGAAGAGGCCAGGCUUUCAGCUCCCACCUAUGGCGUCCAGUGGAACGCGGCGCUAUAUGACGACGAGUGUCUGUUCAUCUGCCCCGGCUCACACGCACGUCUGCGAACGGAAGCGGAGAAGAGGGCGAAUGCUGCAAAGGCGCCGCCCGCUACCAAGGUGCUGGAAAGCCAAGGCGUUCUGGACGCCAGGUGGCAGGUGGAUCCUCCAAACACGCUGCAAGUAAAACUCAAAGGUAAGUCCGCGCGGCUUCUGCGCUUCGCGACCAUAGCUUGGUGGACUAAAGCAGCGUUGCACAUGCGAAUGCAGCGGGGCAGACAGCAUUCUAUUCUCAGCGUGUACUGCACAGGGCAUCUUAUCUACCAUCGCAGAUCAGAGCAACGCUGCACGGUUGCUAUGGCGGCAUUCGAGCAGAUGCAUCCCUCGACUCCACAGACCGCGUAUCAGAGCAGCUAGCGUUCGCUGAGCGCGCUCGAAACGUCCUACAGGUGCGGACAGGGUGCAAAGCUCGUCGAGCGCUUUGUGCGUGAUCACUGACUACAUCCACCUCGCCUGCGUGUAGCACAACGUAGAGUGGAUGAAAGAGCCAAGCUUCGGUGCAUCUUUGCCCCCUCGUCUUCAACCGAGUGAGUCGAGGCGCACGUGCAGCGGUGCUUGUCGCUGGCACCUGCUGAUAUUUGCUUGCUUCGUCUGACUAGUGUGGCGCAACCUGCUGGUCAUGGACGCGCAUGCCAAGGGUCGCCAGCUGGGCUAUAGUCUCGAGAACGCCUGA